CAGUUUUAAAACGUUUGUUUAAAAGAAACUCUAAAUUAGAAGAUCAAGACUGUGUGAUUGAAGCUUAUGGUCAGGGUUUGGAGUCCAUAAGCUGUGGGAAGCCAGUGCCCCCUUGUGGCCAAAAAUAACAGCCUCUGGGUUGAUAGGAGGAGGGAAAGCAAUUAACUUAUCAUCACCACAAUUUACUGUUUUAUUCUAAAAGCAGACAUAUAGAUAUUAAGGAUGAUGAUUGGCAGUUGGAGUUCGAAAAGAGCAUGGAGGAGGGACGUUUUGAUGAAAGCAAUGAAAUGUGGUUCAAGUGAUGAUUGUUAACACCUCAGCUGUUUAUUGGAGGCCCUUUUGUUGAGUGUAAACAUACAGGAUCAUCAUAUCAGUGGGCAAAAAUGAAAGGUGACAUAUUAUUGGAUCUGUUUCAUAGAUGUGCAGUGUGUUUGCGAGCGUGUGUGUGUGUCUUUGCACGUGUGUGUUGGGGGAUGCUGGUGAUGGGGAGCCCUGUCUCUUUGACAUCUGAUCAAUAAAUGGCCGAGACAGCGAGAGAGGCCAGGGAUUACUGAUCUAAUUGGACUGAGAAUAGAGAGGAUGGGAACACACACAAACACACACAUUCCAUCUCACAGACAAGAUGCGUGCUCACACGCGAGAUAGAUCUGUCAGAUUGCGGCUUUGCGGCCCCGCGGAACGGCAAAUAUACAAAACGCUCCGGCACGCGUGCACAACCGUCCUCCGCUGUGUGCGCUCUUGUUUGAGCUCUUUUGUACCACUGAUCACCUGGGGGCUGUUAAAGAGUGCAGAAGUGAGGAUGAUGAUGAUGCGGUGGGGGUUAAAGGGGGGAUGACAGGGAGAAGUGCAUACACUGUUUACAGUUUAACAGCUCAUCACGAGCAUUGAAGAAAGAAGCAGGAUGGGGGGGGAGAAGGAGCGAUGAUGGAUGACCUGUGGAUUGAAGCAGACGCCAGAGAAAGCCCGGGGAGUCUGUGCACGGGAACGUGCGCUUCCUGAAGCUGCUGCUGUCCAGGCGCGCCAACUGGCUGCAGAAAGACUUGGAGGGAAUGACGCCGCUCCACCUGGCCACCCGACACCCCUCUCACAAAGCUCUGGCCCUGCUGCUCAAACACAUCGGCCCCGGAGAGGUCGACACGCAAGACAAGAACAAGCAAACUGCUCUUCAUUGGUCAGCGUUUUAUAACCGUCCUGAGCACGUCCGCCUUCUGAUCAAGCAUGAUUCCAACAUAGGCAUACCAGACAGUGAGGGGAAGAUUCCUCUGCACUGGGCUGCGCACAGUCAGGAGGCCAGUGCCACACAAACCGUGCGCUGUAUCUUGGAAGCAGCACCCACAGAGUCCCUGUUGAACUGGCAGGACUAUGAGGGUCGGACGCCCUUGCAUUUUGCCGUCGCUGAUGGUAACCAGGCGGUGGUGGAGGUGCUGACAUCCUACGAGGGCUGUAACGUGACAGCUUAUGAUAACCUCUUCAGAACGCCGCUGCACUGGGCGGCUCUGCUGGGCCAUGCUAAAAUCGUCCAUCUGCUGCUGGAGAGGAACAAAUCUGGCACCAUUCCCUCAGACAGCCAAGGAGCGACGCCGCUGCAUUACGGUGCGCAGAGCAACAAUGCUGAGACGGUCGGUGUGUUUUUGUCCCACCCGUCUGUGAAAGAUGAACCCGAUCUUGAGGGCCGGACAGCCUUCAUGUGGGCCUCUGGGAAGGGCAGUGACGAUGUCAUCUGCACCAUGCUCGAACACAACCCUCACAUCGACAUCAACAUGGCCGACAAGUAUGGCGGCACCGCGCUGCAUGCGGCCGCUCUGUCGGGCCAUGUGAGCACUGUGCAGCUGCUGCUGGAGAAGGGAGCCAUGGUGGACGCUCUGGACGUCAUGAAGCACACGCCACUGUUCCGCGCCUGCGAGAUGGGACACAGAGAUGUCAUACUCACCCUCAUCAAAGGUUCUGCGCGGGUGGACCUGGUAGAUGUGGAUGGUCACACUGCUCUGCACUGGGCAGCUCUAGGAGGGAAUGCUGAGGUCUGCCAGAUGCUGAUGGAAAAUGGGAUCAGUCCGAACGUCCAGGAUCACGCUGGCCGAACUCCUCUGCAGUGUGCUGCUUAUGGAGGUUACAUCACAUGCAUGGCGGUUCUCAUGGAAAACCACGCCGAUCCAAAUAUUCAGGACAAAGAGGGGCGGACUGCUCUCCAUUGGUCAUGCAACAAUGGUUACCUGGAUGCUGUGAAGCUGCUGCUCAGCUACAACGCCUUUCCCAAUCAUAUGGAGCACACGGAGGAAAGGUACACCCCGUUGGACUACGCCCUGCUCGGGGGGCACAGCGAGGUGACUCAGUUCAUGUUGGAAAAUGGCGCCCUGUCCAUAGCAGCCAUUCAGGACAUCGCCGCUGCCUCCAUCCAGGCCGUCUAUAAAGGCUACACGGUCCGGAAGGCCUUCAGGGAGAGGAAGCAGCUCCUCAUGAGGCAUGAACAACUGCGCAAGGAUGCAGCCAAGAAACGUGAAGAAGGACAGCGGAAAAGAGGAGCUGUGCCGCAAAUUUCUGUGGCCUCAGCAGCUUCAACAGGGAAAACGCAACAGGAAAAGCUCCCUUUAGUGAACGUCCUUCAAGAUCUAACACUUACUCAUUCUUCAGAAGAAAUUAAAAAACUGUGCAAAGCUCAACACAAAAAGAACAAAGAAGAACCACACAAAGCAUCCUACAAAAGCAAGUUGUCUAGAAGAAGCAAGGUUGCUGAACGCCGUGAAGCUCCUCUAAGCAGCAGUUCCCACAUAGGCAGUGACACUGAUGAAUCCCAGACCACCAGGCUGAAGGUGCUCCUCUCUCCCGCACGCUGCAGAGAGACGGCCGCUCUGAAGCCCACACCUCCUGCUGUGCACAAAGUAAAAGAAAGACCCUCCUCGAACGCAUCCACCCGCUCCACACCUGUCUCCACUUUGGACCAAAGCGAGGCCAGGAAAGGUGAAAGCGUCACCUUGAAAAAGAGCGAUGUUCGCACGAGCGUGCAGACCGCCGCGGGCAACGCCGAUGCCAGCCUUUCUACUCGAAAGCACCGAAAAUCCAGGGAGCAGAUUUCAGGCAGGAGCACCAAGAGCAAAGACCGAACCCGCGCAGACUCAUUAAGAGACGCCGCGAACAAACACUCCAGUAAAAACGAGUCCGACCUACGUGCAGUUGUAACAGCACACAUACAAAGAGAGCGUGAUACAGAUCAGCACAGAAGAAGAAACCAGGCUGCACGCCUUAUCCAGCGAGCAUGGCGGAGGUUCUGUGCACGCAAAGGAAGAGAGGCAAAGCUCCAUGAAGAGGUGGAGCCGAGGGAGCCAAACUGCAGCCGAAACGGAAGGAAAAUGGAAAACAGAGCUCCGUGUGGAAAGCUAGCACAGAGUAAAAACUCAGUAUUACAAAAUAUCUAUGGGAGAAAAGGGCAUUCUGGGAGCUGUCAGUCUCGGUUGCUUUUAGGCGUCCCCCUACGCACCCAAAGCCAACUGAGUGGUUUAAACUGUGUGCACCUGACUGAUGCAGUAAACCAAGCUAAGCACUACUCCUACCACCUGAGACCACAAAGUGCAGGCCAAGGGACAAGAGGCCAGGAGAAACGCUGAAUACACAGAAAAACACACACACACCGUGUUCUUUGAUGUUUUCUCAGCUGGUUGGCACUCUUACCUCUAUAGAAUUAGUCCUCACAAUGUUCGCUCAAUGUGCCGAGCUUUCUAAAAUUAAGCCGUGUGACAUCAGAGCCGUGACCUCACAGGGUGGGGUUAAGUCUACAGAAAUGGCGUGUGUAAAAGAUAACCUUUCAUCCAUUGUGGAGGGAACGCAUACACACUCCAUCACCCACGUUCUCCAUCGCUCUCGCACACACUGAGAUAACCUUUCUUCCCGUUGUGCAGACUGAGGCAGUCCAUCAACAGCCGGUCAUACAGAUAGCCCACCUGCAGCUGCCAACACACACAUUCAUACACACACAUACAUUCUACAAGAGCUCGGUCUUUAAGUGCCGUUUUUCUGAAGGGAAACAUUUCUAAACUGUACCUUUUUUAAAAAAAUAUUAUUGAGCAAAAUAAUGUUUUUUGUGUAUUUUGAAGAACAAUAAUUAAAAGAUGAAAUUCAUUUCA